GUCAGCGGUACGUAUAGGUAUGUAUGUGGCGACGAGUGAAGGGCCUGCCUUGAACCGUAUCAUGUGAAUUCGGUAUCAUCUGCACGUGCAAGUUGCCGCGCGUGUUUCUCAAGGAAACGACAAGAAUUUCUCGUUGAUUCCGCGCAGCCUCCGUGUAGGAACGUUGCGGUAUACAACGUGCGGAACUGCGCUGGACUUAGCACCGCGGAAUUAACAGUUCUGUGCGAGUUCCCACGAGCGAAUCGCGUAUUCCACCCGCGGCAUCCUGAAGCCGCAUCUUAUAGCAUUCACAACGAUGCACCUUUUUUUGGGGUGAACGACAAGAGAGAGAAAGAGACGUAUAGGAAGCAAGCCCCCUCGCCCCUUCCUCCCGUAAGCAAGGGCGGUAACGUACGCAUGCACUCGUAGCGCGGCGGCGUGUAUGCCAUGGCUCGAGGUAGUCUGCGCGCAGCAAAUGCAGCGGCCGGAUAGAAGAAGACUGGAUGGGCGUGGAGGGAGCGGGGUGAUCUCUCCGGAAGGAAAGCAGGAAGGAUCGAGGCGCGCUUCACCUCGCUUCCUUCGGCCCGGCGAACGCGCAGGAAAGAAACCCCUCUUCACUCUGUGUUGAUCCACCCGCACCUCCCACAUGUGGCAGGACAUCGAGAGCGUCCUGCUCGGCGACAUGGCGCCUGGCUUCAGCCCCGAGCCCCGCGGCCCGAGCCCUCUUCCCCCUCGGCGACCGCCCCUACCUCCGCCCUCGGCGCCGGGGCCCGGCUACCACCACCACGGCGGAGGUGGCGGAGGCCCCGGUCAGCACCACCUCGCCGGCGCGGCCGCUUUCACGGCGCCGCCUCGACCCGAUCUCCUCGAAGACCUCGGUCUCACCGUGGCCGACCCGAAGCACCCCUACGCCGGCGGGGGCAACGACUCCCCGGCGUCCUCCAUACCUCCGCCGCCCGCCUACCCGGCGCCCUACGCCUGGCCCGCGCCGUCCAAGUGCUCGGGCUACCUGGCCGCGGCGCGGUGUCCCUACCCUCCCCAGUGGUGCGGUUCCAUGCCGGACUCGUCCCGCUACGGCCCCCCGUGCGGCACUCCCCUGAGGCCGUCCCCGGCCAUCGGGUCCUGCUUCGGGCAGGGCAGGGUACCGUCGCCCUCGCCGUCGCCGUCUCCGCUCCAGCACGACGGCCUGGUGGUGCCGCCCCCCGCCCUCUACCCCGGUCCCAGCGUGGUGCCCGCGCCCCCGGCGCCCAAGCCCCGCCGGGGCCGCCGGUCGCGCGGUCCCAAGAAGGUGACCGUGCACACCUGUUCCUACCCGGGCUGCUCGAAGACGUACUCCAAGAGUUCGCACCUCAAGGCGCACCUGCGCACUCACACGGGCGAGAAGCCUUACCAGUGCAACUGGAAAGGGUGCGGCUGGAAGUUUGCUCGCUCGGACGAACUGACGCGCCACUACCGCAAGCACACGGGCGACCGGCCGUUCCAGUGCCGCCUGUGCGACAGGGCCUUCUCCCGGUCGGACCACCUCUCGCUGCACAUGAAGAGGCACGCCGAGGUGAUCUGAUGAGUGCCGCUCGGUGGUGCUCCCGGUUCGCCGAGGCGGUGGUGAUGUGUACGAUACUCCUGCGUACGUCUCGACUCCUCCGAGAUACCACGUCCCGGUGCUAGCGCGGAGGGGCGUCCAUUGCUCAAGUGCUGCGUCGGCUCAGAACCGAGGCCGCCUGCCACACGACCAAAGAUGGCGAUACUCCUCCUCCUUCUCGUUUUCGCCCCGUCUCUCUCUCUCCCUGCCUCUGCGAUGGCAGCGACCGCGUGGACCACACUCUACUUACUACUACUACCACUCACGUCCGAGGACACGAGCCCAGCGGUAUGAGAAAGAUGCGCCACCGUUCACCGACUCAAAAGCCUGCGUCACCACCGCACUCUGUCUACUGCCGUAGUGCCCUGGAAGGAAUGUACUCACGGGACAAAUUUCUCACCAUCCUGAGAAACGCGAUGGUGUGCUACUCUCCUGGCAAGAGAGAUUACGAGCUGCGUGAAACGGCGUUACCCUUUCCUUUUUACGCCGUUUCUUAUGUCAUGAUGCUGAUGCGUGGUAUACACUCAGUGCCUCGUGCAGUGUCAAGGAAAAAAAGAGAACGCACUGCUCACAGCACGCCCGCGUCGCCACCAAAGGCAAGGCAAGGUAGCAGCGUACAGCACUGCACGGUCAAAACAACGAUCGCUUCUGUGGGACUGCAUUCCUCUCUGUCUGCUAUGAUGUAAGGUGGUACAGCGUGGCGCCUCGUACAGCGUCCGCGAAGAAGCACCUCAAGAAGGUCACGCCCAACUGUCUCCAACCAGGAAAAACACAGCGGCAGACAACGAGUAAUGUGGCAAGUCAACAUAUCGGCGAAAGUUCGUUUUUUGCCGGCCUUCAACGAUGCCACCGUCGUCGUAGUGCUACGUCAGAGUGCGGUGUCUGUAGCCAGCAGACCGCGUGCACGCGCAGUUUUUCGCCAGUCCUGGAUCGACAGUGGCCUUCUGUGUAUCCGGAUUACGAGAACGCGAGCUCACGUGACUCCGUUCAGAAGUCUCGAAACGCGUCACGUUUAACUGCAGUGGUCGACGAACUGAGCUUGGUUUGCAGUGGAAAGUCAAGUGCUACGACCCGAAGGCCUAAGUGUGCCCAGCAGUCUUACAAGCAAGUGCCGUGGUGUCGUGUGCUGAAGAAAUCGAAGCAAGUCAGGAGUUCGGAAGUCUUAAAGAUGGAAACUUGAAAUUAUAGCAAGGGUGAUCGAAUAUCGGUUGCACCGGGCUUGACCCAACCUUUCGACGAAGGGUCAGGUGUCCCCUUGUCGAAACGUUGGAUCCAACCUGAGGCAUCCCUUGGUGGACCACUGUUGUGUCCCGAAGAGUAUAGUGUGAGCAGUGGGCGAGGCUGUUGAGGUCAAUGAACUUGUUAGCGUAACGUCCGACUCGGAGAUGUGUGACUGAAACGCUCGAUUCAGCCUACUCAGCUUUAGAGUUCGGGGAUUUGGCUUGGCCAGCCGAGUGUGGUGGAUGCGGAUGCGUCGUUCUGGCUUAAAGGACUGGAGGAGCGAGCCACGUGAUCGCAAUGUUCAACACUUUUGGCAUGUGAAAAGUGGUGGUUUCUCAACGCACGGGCUCUGGUCAGCGGCAAAUUAUACUCGCGUGCGAUGGCAGUUUUUUUCACUCUCUAUCGGUUCCUGAGACGUAGUCUUUCAAUGGUAGUAGGCCUAAGACAGCUGUCAUCAAAGCUUCAGUGAUUGAUUUCCCACAGAGGUAACGGGACGAUUCAGGCACCGCGGUAGAAGCGUCAUCUAAGGAGCAGAUGUAAAAAUUUUUUUUUGUAAUUUUUAUUGCGAGUUUUCUCACGACCAAGUUGUCCUUUCUGUAGGAAGAAUUCAUUUCAUGUGGCCCAUAUUAGAGAGAGAGAGAGCAAAUGAUAAAGGAAAGGUAGGGAGGUUAACCAGGAUGUGAGCCCGGUUGGCUACCCUACACUGGGGAAAGGGAAAAGGGGACUGAAAGAUUAAAAGAAGAAGAGAAAGUCCACUGGGGAUAUCGUUCGGUCACUCAGUCCGGGUCAGAGACGCUGACUCAGUCCAGCAGCCUUCAAAUAUCGCAGCAGAGCUUUUGUGGCCUUUCGCAGCUGCGAUAUGCGAGGCCAUGGUCCCAAGAUCUUCUUCAAGGUAAACGGUGUGCUGUCUGUCAAUCAGCCCAUAUUAGAGAAGUGACAAUACAACAGGGCACGUGGCUAUCUUUCUAUAUGAGCAGACUUAAUGCGGUAAAUGAAAUUGUCGCUGAAUUGAGAAACCGAUUUUUUUACUCGAUUCACUACGGCAUAUAAUACUCUCGAAGCCAAUCACAAAUCUGUCUGUCCACACUUGAGAUAGUUUUUGAACUGCAUUCCUUGCUCCUCACUAGAUUUCGGCCUUUAAACAAGAAUGUUUUUGGACUGAAGUUUCGGGUCGUGCUAGAUAGCCUGGUCUGCGUGGUGUCAAAAGAAAAGAAAAAUGUCACAGCAGGGGCGUUCUCUCUGAAGCGACCUGGACGUUCCUCGCGCAUCGUUGCAGCUCACCAUUCAACGCUCGGAUCGCCCUUGACGUUCGAUGCAGCACAGAAGCAAGGCGUGCGAAAUCAUUGCAAUACAUUCAACAGAGAACACUGGUGCAGCGAGUGUUACGGAAGACUCUGUCGCGUCGUCGCGCGAGCCGUGUCAUACGUCCAGCGACUACAGGACACCUCAUUCUGUGGACCGUGCUGCUGUGAGCAAGCUGCUGUCCGUUUGUGCGCGUGUGUGUGUUCCGAGGUGUGUCGUGUGUGUUGUCCAGGAUUGCACUCUUUGGUGUCACCAGGCGGAGCGGCGUGGACAUUGAAAAAAGCUAGCCUGUGGAUUGAUAUACUCGGAUCCUAUCGACGUGGCAAACUACAUGUGCGUCUGUGCGCGUUUGUGAAAGAGUGUCGGUGCCUUUUACGUCUUAGAAUUUCGUGGCCUUAAGUCCGGCGAGACGUGGACGCUUUCUGUUUUGAUUUACUUUAUUUUUUUUGUUCCUUGACGAGACACUCCGGGGAAAGUGUAAACUCACUCACUCAAUAUUGACUGUCGAGCCUCUCCGGUGGCGAAGAUAGCCGCCGAUAUCUUGACAGCGAGUUCAAUAAAUGAACGAGUGUAUUUAUUGUUA